UGCGCCCUCCGCUUGCUCAGUUGCUCCCAACAGUGGCCUUGGGACCAGCUCGGCUCCCCCCGCCCCGCGCCCGCCUGGACACCGCGCUCACUCACCGCCUGCCUUUUGGCAACCAGCUUCUUGCCAGCCAGCUGCCACCCGCCACUGCCCACCGCCCCCGUCCUGCCAGCCCCUCUGCCCAGACCCCACCACACCCAGUGGCGCCUGUGCCAGAAAGGUGGCUGCCCCCUGCGUUCCUCCGUCCAACCAUGAGCUGGUGCCCAUCGCCUCUGAGAGUGCCCUAAAGAAUGUAAUGGACACAGGAGAAGGAGCCUCCCGGGGUGGAAACUCACGGAAAAGUCUGGAAGAGGAGGGCUCCAGUAGAGUCACCCCAAGUGUCCAGCCCCAUCUGCAGCCUGUCAGAAACAUGAGUGUGAGCCGGACCAUGGAGGACAGCUGUGAGCUGGACCUGGUGUACGUCACCGAGAGGAUCAUUGCUGUGUCCUUCCCCAGCACAGCCAAUGAGGAGAACUUCCGGAACAACCUCCGUGAGGUGGCCCAGAUGCUCAAGUCCAAACAUGGAGGCAGCUACCUGCUGUUCAAUCUCUCUGAGCGGAGACCAGACAUCACGAAACUCCACGCCAAGGUACUGGAAUUUGGCUGGCCCGACCUACACACCCCGGCCCUUGAGAAGAUCUGCAGCAUCUGCAAGGCCAUGGACACCUGGCUCAACGCAGACCCCCACAACGUCGUCGUUCUGCACAACAAGGGAAACCAAGGCAGGAUCGGCGUUGUCAUCGCGGCUUACAUGCACUAUAGCAACAUUUCUGCCAGUGCGGACCAAGCUCUGGAUCGGUUUGCGAUGAAGCGGUUCUAUGAGGAUAAGAUCGUGCCCAUUGGGCAGCCAUCGCAGAGAAGGUACGUGCACUACUUCAGCGGCCUGCUCUCUGGCUCCAUCAAAAUGAACAACAAGCCCUUGUUUCUGCACCAUGUGAUCAUGCACGGCAUCCCCAACUUUGAGUCCAAAGGAGGGUGUCGGCCUUUUCUCCGCAUCUACCAGGCCAUGCAACCUGUGUACACGUCGGGCAUCUACAACAUCCCGGGAGACAGUCAGACCAGCAUCUGCAUCACCAUCGAGCCUGGACUACUCUUGAAGGGAGACAUCUUGCUGAAGUGCUACCACAAGAAGUUCCGGAGCCCCGCCCGAGACGUCAUCUUCCGUGUGCAGUUCCACACCUGUGCCAUCCACGACCUGGGGGUUGUCUUUGGGAAGGAGGACCUUGAUGAGGCCUUUAAAGAUGACCGAUUUCCAGAAUAUGGCAAAGUAGAGUUUGUCUUUUCUUAUGGGCCAGAGAAAAUUCAAGGCAUGGAGCACCUGGAGAACGGGCCGAGCGUGUCUGUGGAUUACAACACCUCCGACCCCCUCAUCCGCUGGGAUUCCUACGACAACAUCAGUGGCCACCGGGAAGACGGCAUGGAGGAGGUGGUAGGACAUACCCAGGGGCCCCUGGAUGGGAGCCUGUAUGCCAAGGUGAAGAAGAAGGAUUCCCUGAACGGCAGCACCGGGGCCGUCAACGCCGCACGUCCUGUCCUGUCGGCCACCCCGAACCACGUGGAGCACACGCUUUCCGUGAGCAGCGACUCGGGCAACUCCACAGCCUCCACCAAGACAGACAAGACUGAUGAGCCUGUCCCAGGGGCCUCGGGUGCCCCUGCUGCCCUGAGUCCCGAGGAGAAGCGGGAACUGGAUCGCCUGCUCAGUGGCUUUGGCUUAGAGCGAGAGAAGCAAGGCGCCAUGCACCACGCGCAGCACCUCAGGUCCCGCCUGGCUGGCGGCCCGGCUGUGCCUUCCUCGGGCCGCCAUGUUGUCCCAGCCCAGGUUCAUGUCAAUGGUGGGGCCUUGGCCUCUGAACGGGAGACAGACAUCCUGGAUGAUGAGCUGCCCAACCAGGAUGGGCACAGCGUGGGCAGCAUGGGCACACUGUCCUCCCUGGACGGGAUCACCAACACCAGCGAGGGGGGCUACCCAGAGGCCCUGCCCCCACUAACCAAUGGCCUGGACAAGCCCCACGCUGCAGAACCUCUGGUCAAUGGUGGGGGCUACCCCUAUGAGGAUGCCAGCCGGGUAGUGCCCGCCCAUGCUGCCCACGCGGCCCCCAUGCGGCCCUCCUACUCCGCACAGGACGGCUUAGCUGGCUACCAGCGGGAGGGGCCCCACCCAGGCUGGCCCCAGGCAGUGACCACCUCCCACUACGGCCAUGACCCCAGCGGCAUGUUCCGCUCUCAGUCCUUUCCGGAUGCCGAGCCCCAGCUGCCCCCAGCUCCAGCCCGUGGGGGCAGCAGCCGGGAGGCUGUGCAGAGGGGGCUGAAUUCAUGGCAGCAGCAGCAACAGCAGCAGCCACAGCCUCGCCCACCUCCUCGUCAGCAGGAAAGAGCCCAGUUGGAGAGUCUGGCAACCAGCAGGCCCAGCCCCCAGCCGCUGGCGGAGCCCCCCACCCCUGCUCUCCCGGAGUUCCCCCGGGCGGCCUCCCAGCAGGAGAUCGAGCAGUCCAUUGAAGCGCUCAACAUGCUCAUGCUGGACCUUGAGCCGGUCUCGGCCGCUGCCCCGCUGCAUAAGUCCCAGAGUGUCCCUGGGGCCUGGCCAGGGGCCUCCCCACUCUCCUCCCAGCCCCACUCAGGCUCCUCCCGCCAGUCCCAUCCACUGACCCAGACCAGAUCUGGCUCCAUCCCUGGUGGGCAUUCCUUGGGAACCCCUGACCUGGCCCCUCCUGGCAGGUCUUAUUCACCUUACGAUUAUCAGUCAGGUUCAGCUGGGUCCAACCAGGGUUUCCGUCCAAAGAGCCCAGCCUCCUCCUCAUCUACCUUCCUUCCAACCACCCAUGGCCCCCCAGGGCCUCAGCAGCCCCCAGCUUCCCUCCCUGGCCUCACCGCUCAGCCUCAGCUCCCAUCAAAGGAAGCGGCCUCAGACCCCUCCCGAACCCCAGAGGAGGAGCCCCUGAACCUGGAAGGGCUGGUGGCCCACCGAAUAGCAGCCUACAACGCCAAGCUGCAGGACCUGGGGCAGGGGGGCCGCUUCCCGCCCCCUCCUCUCCACCGGCUCCGGUCUGCCUCCCUCUCCGGGGUGCAGGCUCGGGAGAGGCAGCCUGCAGAGCCCCCAGCCCCACUGCGGAGGCGGGCAGCCAGCGAUGGACAGUAUGAGAACCAGUCUCCUGAAGCCACAUCCCCCCGUAGCCCCGGGGUUCGCUCUCCUGUCCAGUGCGUCUCCCCUGAGCUGGCUCUUACCAUUGCCCUCAAUCCUGGAGGGCGGCCCAAAGAGCCCCAUCUGCACAGCUACAAAGAGGCCUUCGAGGAGAUGGAGGGAACCUCUCCGACCAGCCCGCCGUCCAGUGGGGUGCGCUCCCCUCCAGGUCUGGCCAAGACACCCCUAUCUGCUCUGGGCCUGAAACCCCACAACCCAGCGGACAUCCUGUUGCACCCCACAGGCGUCACAAGAAGACUGAUCCAGCCAGAGGAAGACGAGGGGAGGGAGGUGGCUAACCCUCCAGAAGAACCCCGGAGCUAUGUGGAGUCUGUGGCACGGACAGCAGUGGCUGGACCCCGGCCUCAGGAUGCUGAACCCAAGAGCUUCAGUGCCCCAGCUGCACAGGCCUAUGGCCACGAGACACCCCUGAGGAAUGGGACCCUGGGCAGCUCCUUUGUCUCCCCCAGCCCUCUGUCCACCAGCAGCCCUAUCCUCAGCGCUGACAGCACUUCAGUGGGGAGUUUCCCAUCAGGGGAGAGCAGCGACCAGGGUCCCCGAACACCCACCCAGCCCUUGUUGGAUUCUGGCUUCCGUUCCGGCAGCCUGGGACAGCCCAGCCCUGCGGCUCAGAGAAGUUACCAGAGCCCUUCUCCUCUCCCGACCGUGGGCAGCAGCUACAGUAGCCCUGACUACUCACUUCAGCAAUUCAACUCCUCUCCGGAAAGCCAGGCCCGGUCUCAGUUCAGCGUGGCUGGUGUCCACAUGGUGCCUGGGAGCCCGCAGGCCCGCCACAGGACAGUGGGCACCAACACGCCCCCUAGUCCUGGCUUUGGCCGGCGGGCCAUCAACCCCAGCAUGGCUGCUCCCAGCAGUCCCAGUAUGAGCCACCGCCAGGUCAUGGGUCCACCAGGCCCUGGUUUCCAUGGCAACACUGUUUCCAGCCACCAAAGCAGUGCAGCGACCACUCCCGGGAGCCCCAGCCUGGGCCGGCACCCCGGGGCCCAUCAGGUCCCAGGCCCCCACAGUAGUGUGGCCACCACUCCUGGGAGCCCCAGCCUGGGCCGACACCCUGGGACCCACCAAGGCAACCUGACCUCCAGUCUCCAUGGCAAUGCCACAGCCAGCCCCGGAAGCCCCAGCCUGGGCCGCCACCUGGGAGGGUCUGGAUCCAUGGUUCCUGGCAGCCCCAGUUUGGACCGGCACGUGGCCUAUGGUGGCUACUCUACCCCUGAGGACCGGAGACCCACACUGUCCCGGCAGAGCAGUGCCUCUGGGUACCAGGCCCCUUCCACUCCCUCCUUCCCGGUCUCCCCUGCCUACUACCCGGGCCUGAGCAGCCCGGCCACCUCCCCCUCGCCGGAUUCCGCAGCCUUCCGACAAGGGAGCCCGACACCGGCCUUGCCAGAGAAGCGGAGGAUGUCCGUGGGCGACCGGGCAGGCAGCCUCCCCAACUACGCCACCAUCAACGGGAAGGUGUCCUCCUCGCCUGUGGCCAGUGGCAUGUCCAGUCCCAGUGGGGGCAGCACUGUCUCCUUCUCCCACACGCUGCCUGACUUCUCCAAGUACUCCAUGCCAGACAAUAGUCCUGAGACACGGGCUAAAGUGAAAUUUGUCCAGGACACUUCCAAGUAUUGGUACAAGCCUGAGAUCUCCAGAGAGCAGGCCAUUGCACUCCUUAAGGAUCAGGAGCCAGGAGCCUUCGUCAUCCGGGACAGCCACUCCUUCCGAGGGGCCUAUGGACUGGCCAUGAAAGUGUCAUCGCCCCCUCCGACCAUCAUGCAGCAGAAUAAGAAAGGAGACCUGACCCAUGAGUUGGUGAGACAUUUCCUGAUAGAGACCGGCCCCAGAGGGGUCAAGCUCAAGGGCUGCCCCAAUGAGCCCAACUUUGGAUCUCUGUCUGCCCUGGUCUACCAGCACUCCAUCAUCCCACUGGCUCUGCCCUGCAAGCUCGUCAUUCCAAACCGAGACCCCACAGAUGAAUCAAAAGAUAGCUCGGGCCCUGCCAACUCAACGGCUGACCUGCUGAAGCAAGGAGCAGCCUGUAAUGUGCUCUUCGUCAAUUCCGUGGAUAUGGAAUCUCUCACUGGGCCGCAGGCCAUCUCCAAAGCCGCAUCUGAGACGCUGGCUGCUGAUCCCACGCCAGCCGCCACUAUCGUUCACUUCAAGGUCUCUGCCCAGGGAAUCACGCUGACUGACAACCAGAGAAAGCUCUUCUUCAGAAGACACUACCCCCUCAACACUGUCACCUUCUGUGACCUGGAUCCACAGGAAAGAAAGUGGAUGAAGACGGAGGGCGGAGCCCCUGCUAAGCUCUUUGGCUUCGUGGCGCGGAAGCAGGGCAGCACCACAGACAACGCCUGCCACCUCUUCGCCGAGCUCGACCCCAACCAGCCUGCCUCCGCCAUCGUCAACUUUGUCUCCAAGGUCAUGCAGAGCACCGGCCAGAAGAGAUGAGCCCAGACCCCUUGCCCAGGGCCAGGGCAGUGGGGGCGGGGCAUGUGGGGAGGGGACCCCUGCGUCCUGACCACCUGGAAUCCAGAAGGAGGACUUUGGGCUAAUUUUGGAGAAGGAGAGAAGAAAGUGCAGCGUUGGGAGAGGGAAGUGAAUUGCAGAGGGGAGGGGAGGGGAGAGAAAGAAAAAAAAAAGAUGGAGGAGAAGAACUCAGGUUCUCCUGGCAGAUGGAAACGGCAGUCUCCCAAAGCCUCCUGAACCAGCCGGGCCCCUCGCUCCCUGCCCCCUCUGAGAGGAUGGGGCUCCUCCAUGGGCUGACGGGCCUCCUUGGGAUCCACAUUUUUGGGGGGAAAUGGAAAAGCCCUGUGUCCCUAGCCACCUGCUUUGCAAGGACAGCUCAAACCGAGAGAAUCUUUUUCUGGCUACCUGUGGGGCGGGUUGCUGAGCCCAGCGGCCGGUGUGGGAGAGCAAGUGGAGAAGAUUUUCCUUUUGACACCAUCCCAGACCAGAGGCCCAUAAUCCUGUGCUGGGCCUCCGAUGCACUGUGGUGUGGGUGUUGAUGUGUCCCCACCCACGGCUUCACUCACUGACUUCUCUCCGCCUCUGUCUGCUAGGGUUAGCAGCUCUGCUCGCCUGUGUCCCCAUGUUUGUACACACAGGCAUACUGUCCAAAGAAGGUUAGGGUUGGGGUGACGGGGGCAGCAGGGAGGAGACAGAAGCCCUCUCCUGCAGGAGCACCCAGGGUUCUCCCUCCUGGUCCCUGCACUUAACCUUGGUGGCCCUGGGUGCCACUAGCCUGAUCCGUACAGAGGCCCUGGCACCCUGGCUCCAUUGCUGGUUCUGCCUUGACCAGGAGCCCGGGACUUUGAGGAAGUGGAGAUUUGUGUGUCCACAGGGAGGCGGACUGUCAGGAAGGGUGGCUGCUGAGCUCUUGACACCUUCCGGCCGCGGUGGCUCUCAGCUGGCUGGGCAGGCUGCUGCAGCCAGUGCCUGGACUCUGCCUGACCCACCGCUCAGCCAUUCCUGGGCUCAGGCCCAGCGCCAGCCUUAUCUCAGACUUGCUUAUCUGCAUGCUGCCUUUCGGGGCGCUGGGGAUGGUGUCUUCCUGCUCUUUCCUGCCCUGUCCUUCCUGCAGGGUCCUCAUGUUGGGGCUCGUCUUGGGGAAUCUGCUUCCCAAAUUCCAUCUUGGCAAGGCCCCAGGAGAAACCUGCAGUCCCUGUGUCCCCUCUAUAAGAGCUUCGAGGUGUGACUGUUGCAGGUGCCUUUCAGCUGGGCUGCCCAGGGUGAUAUCAGCAAAGCUCCUGGGCACCACAUGGCCUACCCAUCAUGCCAAAGCCUCGCUGUCUCCCUUCUGCCUUGGUUUCCCCAGAAGAGCCACACAGCCCAUGGAGCAGAGGACGAAGAGCUUGCAUUUAAGUCAAAAAGCCAAGGGUCCGUUUGGGGAAUUGGGAAGACCCUUGCCACCCAGGAACUCUAAGCCAGAAUGGAAAAUUCACCAGAACUCCAUUCUUCAGCCCAUAGGGGGCCUCUGAAGAGUGGCAUUGUACUGAUAUAUAAAUAUAUAUAAUAUAUACAGGAGACAUACUGACAGAAUCUGUAAGCUAAUAAAAUAUAAGAAAAGGUUAAAAAAAAGAAUAGAUAAAUUGACAAGAAGUAUUUAUUGUUUCCCAGAUUGCUUUAUUGCCUCCCUGAGCAUAAAUCAGUUCCCGUCCCUUUCUUUAGAAGGUAGAGCCCGAAGUGGAGGGGGGCUUUGUCCUUGGCAUGGCGGGGUCUCCUUGCUCUGGCCUUUGCUUCCUAGGCCAUGCUGGGGCUCAGUGUGGUGGGGUGCACAUGCUCCAUGCUGUUGGCCCCCUGGUUUUCUGGCAAACCGUCAGCUCCCUGGACGGGUGGGGACCUGCCCUCUUUGCCGUGGGCCCGAGUGCAUGUGUGAGCGUGCUGGGGACCAGGUGUGUGUGGCCACAGGUGCGUGCGCGUCUCUGGUGUAUUUUCUCCUCCUGGGAGCUCUACCCUGUGGACCUUGUUACUGGGAGCUGGAAGAAGAGUGUCUAGCUUAGAUGGGGGGCAGAGGCCGAGCCCCCACCCUGCUCCCCAAAGUGGAAGUCUUGGGCUUGGUGACCUAGGACCUUUCAAAGUGCCCUUCCUUCUGAGAUGUUCAAGCCAAAUACCUGAAGCCCCUCUCCUUAUUCCCUAAGGCACCCCAGUUCUCCUCUAGGACAGGAGACGUUUCCUCAUCCGGUUUCUUGUGAGUACCUUCCUCUCCUGCUGAUAGGCUGCGGGAUCCUCCUGGUCGCUUACCUUCUCUGGGCUGGAGGCUGGGAGGGCCCUCGCUGGGACUGAGUACUGACUGGGAUCAGCCUUCGCACUUGCUUUCUCACCUAUCCACUGCCCCAGCAGCUCCCGUCAGGCCUGGCCAGCCUCUGCACUCCGGCCGGCCACAUGUGAGCUGUAGGGAGGACCCAGAGGACGCUGCAGAGCUGGCCACUGGCUCUCAGCAUGUCUCUGGAGGGAAUCGGCGCGGAGAGUUUGGCCUUCCCAGGAGAAUGAUGGGGAAGGGACCUCAGCCUCCACAGUGGCCCCACCCUGCCCGGUGUCUCACCAGUGGGCCCCGUAUGUACACACACACACUCACACACACACACACACACACACACACACACGCAUGCAUACACACACACAUGCACAUGCACACGCGCACACACAUGCGCACACACCACUCUGCACUGUAGUCUCUUCUUGCCAAAGAUUUCCUUUAAAAGAGAGCACUUUGACCCAUUGUUAUUUUAUAAGUGUUUAUCUCCCCCUCCCUCUACCCCUUUUGCUGUUGUGUGUUGUUGAAUCUGUCGUCAGCAAGGAGAGUGCUGUCUGGUCUCUAUUGUAGACUGAGGCAGGGCAGGGUCUGGAGAGGUGGAAGAGCGAGCAGGAGACGUGGGGUCAGCCCAAGGUGCUGCCUCUGCCUGGCCAGCAGGUCUCUGGGGCAGGCCUUGACCUAGCUGGCCUCUGCAGGCAAGGGGCACGGAGGGGACAUCUCUGAUUUUUCAAGGAUUAGAGCCCAGGGGACUUAAGAGGGAUGGAUUGGCCCGAGAGCCAUGGAGAGGUGACCCCAGAAGGGAAAUGGGGGAAAUGAGCCAUCCGUGUGGCUUCCAGGGGUGAUGGGAGUGCCCCACCUGGCCAUCAUGGUUUCUUGGCUCCUUUGUGUAGCCAGGCAUUUAAGGGACAGAGGCAUCGCCUCCUGGAUUUGGGAAAGGCAUUUUGAGCCAUCUGGGCCGACCUUCUCCCCAGGAGUUCUGAAAGCUAAGGACACUGCCAGGGUUCCUUCUCCCCCACUUCCACUUUUAAGGAACCCUCAGAUGUGUUAGGGACUGGCCAGGGUGAGUGGUGGGACCCGGGCUAUGUGGAUUCCUGCCAGGAAGGGACUCUCAGUAGGGAGAGCAGGGGCCUCUGCUGCCCGGUUCUGCAGGCCCGAGCUGGGGUGGAGCAGGUUCCUCUGCUGCCCAGGUGGGUGCAGAGGGGCUGGUGAGGGGGUCCCUCCUGCUCGGGGACGUCUCCCCCUUAUUUCUUUUUUCCCGGCUUCAGAUCUUGGGAGAUCAAGUGGGCCUGCCCCAUGUGAGAAAAGAAGUCCACCCUGCCCACCCUGGGGUCUUUGAAGAGCUUGUGGGCAGAGUGGCAGGGCCACCUCUUCACCCAGGGCCAGACCCUGGAAUGCUGAGACUCGUGUCCCCAUGUCCAGUGGUAACAUAGGACGUGUGUGCGCGUGUGUGCAAGUGUGGACGUUUGUGUGUGCGUGUUUUGCUCGUCUCUUUAGGGCACUUAGGGGUAGGGGUCGGAGGUGGCGCCUGGCAGAAGGUCAAGUUCAGUAUGACCCAGCGGUGAGAGAAAUCAGGUGAGGGCUGCAGGCCAGCGACUGGGGGAGUCUCAGCUUCCGCCAGGGCGAGGACCGGCCCCCGGUGGGGCUCGGCAGACCCGUUCCUUGUGGUCUGCCCUCUUCAGAUGUUGGAAAGGUUGGAGGACCGUGUCCAUUUCCCACCCCUGGGCCUUUCCCAGCCACAGGUAAUUGCCGGGCCAUGUCCAAGUUUGUUUCCUCCUAAUCAGUGUUAAGUGGGGCAACGCUCUCCUGUGGGUCCGUGUUUGGUGUGAGCAUGACGGGGUGUGCCUGCCCCGUCCCCCCCACUUCUCUCCUCUCUUCAGGCUGUUGUUCAAAACAAACAUAAGAAUUUCCUUCCCAGAGCACCCCAGCGUCCUCCCCACCCCGCUGUGUAUUUAUAUAGAUGGAAAUAUACUUUAUAUUUUGUAUCAUUGUGCCUAUGACUUUGCCACCUUGUAUAAACCCCGAUGUAUGCUGUUUGUCCUGGAAAUGAAUGUACUACACCCGCGCUCUCCUGCUCCUGUACAGCGGCUUGGUUUCUUUGCGAUCCAUUGUAUGGCUUUAUAAAUGAUAAAGUUAAAGAAAAAUC